AUGCAAGCGAACGACAGCGUUCGGAACUUCGCGGCGGACAUCCAGAAAAUCAGAACAUGGAGCCGCAUAUAUGAGAAGAAGAUGGAGCUGUUUCACUUGAAAAGGUUAAUUCAGCAGGAAAUGGCAGCCGCAGCAGUAGCGGCGGAGGGCAGCGCGAAAAAAAACGAGGGCGCAGAAGGAAGAGGUAAAACGGACGGGGCGAACCUCAGCAGGGACCGGCAUGAAACGACGCCGACCAAUGCCAACGCAGGUAGAAGCAAACUGUCCUUUUUUUUGACCACACCUCUGUCGUACGAUAACUAUUUUAAUUUGAAAAAAAGUGAAAAUGGCACGGCAGUGUGUAGGAAGGAAAGGGGAAGGCUUCAGAACACAAGGGAGGGUGCGCUGCAGGAAAAGGGCGAUCAUGCUGAGCGCAAAGGGGGUAGCACAAGUGGUCCACAGAAAGUUCCUAUGCAGGGUCCACAAAACGUCCCCCUUACGAGUGAGCAGGAGGGCAAGCCAAAAGACAGAAUCACCCAGUGGGAGACCGCACACACAGUGGGGGGACGCUCUAAAAGCCCCCCCCCAAAGCAGCACCCCACUUCGCAGGUCGGUAGCAGCCACCCCGGGGGGAGAAACGACGCAGAUAAGUUGGGGAAGUCCCAGAAAAGGGGCAAGAACAGCCAAGUGGGCCACCACCUCUACAGCAGAACCAACGGUGCGCUCUCCAAUGUGAUUGCUACACUCUCUCUUGAAAAAAAGAAAAAGUAUUUCACCUGCGUGAGCAAACAACUUGAUGGUUACAUAAAGGAAGAGGUAAAGAGGGGAGUGCCCGAUCACUUGAGAGGGUUCGUAUGGCAGAUCUUAGUGCAGUCAUAUGAAUACAAAAAGGAGAGUAAAUUCACAGAAAGGAAUCGUGCAAAUGGGAGAGGAAGAAAUACCUACCAACACUACCUGAGCAUAACUAACCAAUACGAAACGGCAAUCAAGAAAGACAUGAACAGGACAUACCCCAAGCACAUUUUAUUUAAAAAUAAUUAUGAACAAGGUCAGCAAAUUCUUUUUAAUGUUCUAAAGGCCUACAGUAAUUAUAAUAGGAGUCUGGGCUACUGCCAAGGGAUGGCAUUCAUCGUGGCGACCUUCAUUCUUUAUGUGAAUGAAGAGGAUGCUUUCUUCAUGUUGAUAGCUUUGAUAGAGAAGUACCAUCUGAAUGACCUCUUCUCCUCUGAUAUGUCUUUGCUAAAUGAGGACCUGUAUAUCCUAGACCAACUGCUCCUUUUGUUUUUCCCUAAGAUUUCUCUCCACCUGAAGAAGGAAAACGUCCACUCGAGCAUGUUUGCCUCCCAGUGGUUCAUCACUCUCUUCUCCUACAGCAUUAGCAUCGUUUACGUAGUUAGGAUUUGGGAUUUCUUUUUCAUUCACAGUCACUCCUUUCUGUUUAGGGUGGCUCUGGCGUACUUUAAGCUGCAGGAGGAGGCCCUGCUUGGCGAGUCGUUUGAGGGGAUCCUCAACCGGCUGAAGGUGCUGUCCAGGCACGUGGAGCUGGACCUGCUGAUCGACACGGCCCUGGGGCUGGACCUGCCCCCGGCCACCAUCGCGCGCCUCUCCGCGGAGUACCGCCGGGGGGGCGGCAUAGCGGGGAGCGGCAAAACAGUAAUCGGGUGA